UCCCUACGCUCAACAACACCACAUCCUCCCCUUUCUUCGGACCAACCCCCCCCCUUUUGCCCUUUCACUUGCUCGUGUGCUCUCGUUCACACCACUCACAAGCCUGCCCUUUGUUGGAAUAACAAUAGGCUCUUUUUUUCCUUCAAUUUCUUGAGAAAGAUUCAUACACUUCUGCAUUAGUAAUGUCUGACGCUGUCAAGCCAGAGGAUACUAAGCCCGUGGCUACCGAACCACCCAAGCCAACUGACUCUGAGGAGGUUGCUGCUGUUUCGGAGACCGUCGCUGCACCCGCCACUACUUCCGACGAGGUUACUCCCGUAGCUACUGACAAGCCAGCCGAGGAGACCGCUGCCGUUGAGGAAAAGAAGGAGGAGGAGGAUAAGCCCGAGCCAAAGGAGAUUACACAGGGAACGUUAUCCAGGUUUCCCUCUGGUCUCAUGUCGUAAGUUGCACAUUUUAUUCUUUUCUUUUCCUCUUUGUUAUACCCGAAUCACGUGCUGAUUGUUUUGAAUAGCUUUUUCAAGACCAAGAGAUUCUUUUACUUCCAGGACGAGCCUAUUGCUGGGGGUGAGCUGGAAGUUUAUCUUCGGAAGACCAAUUCUACUCGCACAACUGCUGCCUAUGCCAGCCAGACAGGGAAGGGAUUGCUCCUUUACUGCAAGGCUGAGGGACAAAGCCCUCAUGGUAUAAUUAAGCUGGUAAGUUUCGUGUUACCUAACAGCGCAUUACAUGAUGUGCUAACAAUUAUGCAGGCGGAUGUUACUGAGGUCACUUCUGCUGGUGCUGCCAAGUUCGUUCUCAAGAUCCCGAACGGUGGGGAUCUUCACUUUGAGUCACCGGGUGAGCGUGAUAGCUGGGUUUUCACCCUUAAGCACAAGAUCACUGAGGCCAAGGCGAUUGAGGAGGAGAUUGUUAGCUCCGAGGGCUACAAGACCACUCUUGAGAGACUGAGUCAGUAUUGAAAGCACGAUACAUCAUGCAUCCUGUACUAACUACCCAGUAGAGAAGUCGACUCCCGUUGCGGCUGCUAAGGCGCCGGAGAAGCCUAUUGAGCCUAAGGAAGAAAAGAAGGAAACCGGGGAGACCAAGACUGAGGAGGGCGCUGAAAAGGCUAAGUCCACCGAUGCUGCUCCUGCCGUCACUUCCGAGGAUGAGGCUGGUCCAUCUGACAAGAAGGCCGAUGUCAAGCGCUCUGCGUCAAGGAACAAGAAGCGAACCUCGGUUUUCGGUUUCCUCAAGAAGGAUAAAACCGAAGAGAAGAAGGAAGAGCCCGCCGAGAGGGAAGAGUCUAAGGAGGAGCCAAAGGCUGUGGAGCCAACAACAGCCACCACUGAUGGUUUGUUCAUGACGUUCAAUUUCGAAGACGGUGAGACUAAUAAAGUUGCAGCGCCUGCUGAAGCCUCAGUCGUCGCUGCUGAGGUGAAGGACACCGAAGAUGUCAAGCCUCCUGAGGCGACCAAGGAGGUCGAGAAAGCUCCGGAGGCCCCUGCCGCGCCUAGGACUGCUAAGCGCCACUCUUACUUCAACGUCAAUGUUUUCAACCGUGGGGGAAGGGAUAGAGAGGUUGCCGAAGACAAGAAGGAGGAGGAGGCCAAACCGGAGGCUACUGAGCCUAAGACGGACACUGGGGCUGCACCCGCUGAGGUGAAGCCCGUCGAUGUUGUCGCUCCUGAAGCUUCAACUACUGCUGAGAAGCCUCCUGCCUCUUCUCCGCCGAAAUCCAGGUUCUACACUGGCCUUUUCGAGAGGAAGGGUGGUGAUAAGACCGAGAAGGUAGUUCUUUCCGUGACUUAUACUGAAUGAAUCUGACCAAAUUGCAAGGAGUCUGAGACCAAGUCUGCUGAGGCUGCUACCGAGCCCGUCGCCGUGACUGCCAUUACCACUGAUUCGGCUGUUGCCCCUGCCGAGGGAUCAACUACUGUUGAGGCUACUAGCCCUACGGCCGGCCCGAGGGAGCAGAAGCGCAAGUCAAGCUUUUUCUCUUUCAAGAAGGAGAAGAAGGCCGAUGAUGUCAAGUCCGACACAGAGGAGGGCGAGCCUUCUUCUCCCAAGCCUAGCACAUCUCCAGUUCCUAAGCCAGGAUUGUUGACUGGCCUCAUGCGCAAAGCUAGCAAGGCCGGAAAGGGAAAGGAGGCCGAACCCAAGGAGGUUACCGCGCCGGCUACUGUUGCUGAGGAGACUGCUCCUGCUGCCCCUACAACCACCACCGAAACAGAGACACCAAACGGUGCUCCCGCCACUACUGAGCCUACUACCAUUGGCGACGUUGUUCCAGAAGCUGUCAACGUUGGACAGGCUCACCCUGUGCAGGCGGCUGCUUAAGUAUUUCACAAAAAGCUUGCAUGACAUGUCGUAUGAAAGUCUGUUUCUGUGUUUUUUUUUUUCUGGGUUUAGCGCGCUUUAGGUCCUGUAUCUUCCACCUAAUCGGCAUCUCUUUUCUUUGUUCAACCUGGCUCAAGUAUGAACUUAAUCAUCUGUGCUGGUUUUCCCGUCUCUGCAAAUUUUGAUUAGCGUCACGGCCGAUGUUGGGGCUCAAUUUUUUUCUUCCGUUGUCAUGAUUGGCUAAUUACAAUUCUCCUUGUAUCCGUGUUGGGGAAGAUGGGAAGUGUGUUGCUCCUGGGCGCUACCCUCUAAUGGUUUCUUUUGUGUAUCCAAGUUUUAGCUCUGGUGCCUUUGCCUUUUUCUUUUUUAUUGCUUCGCUCCAUUGAUUCCAAUAUCCUCUUUUAUUUAUUUUUCUCUCUUCUCUUCAGUUUGUUGUGAUCAUGACGGCCUUCAGUGGCCAAAUCCUAUAUAGUAUUUAAUAAUCCGAAAACAUUGCUUUUCAACUCCAAUUUUUUUCUCUUUUCUUUUCCAAUGUUCCAAAUGCCGUAUUUGAUCUCGUGGAUUCUCCGGGUUGUUUCCGGCUACCCCGCACUGUUUCACUAACCGAUAUUCCUGAGCCUGAAUGCUCUUUCCGGGUGAUAGCGUGACUCCUUUUGUGGUUGAUCUUCUGUGGCAUGCGGGGCGGGGGUGGGCUGGCCUCUGAUUGGGUUUCUUUUUUUUCCUUUUUUUUUUAUUACCCUCUGAGAGGCACCUUGAUGGUGUCACUCGUGGUAAUUCGGUGAGAAAAAGGGGAUCAUUCUACCCUACUCGAGUACCGGUGCUGGGCACUUUUUUCGCGAUAGAGCGUCAUGGCCUAUUCGAUCCGAAUACCGCACUGUACUUGUAUGGUAGGGCCUCGUGUUGCAGUUACGGUACAGUACAAAGAUGGGAUGCGAUGGACAAGGAUGGCUUCCCAGUGGUUACCAUUCUUCCUGCUCCGUUGCUGCCAUGAUCCCUUGCAGCUUCCCGGGCGUGUCGUUGGCCGUUAGAACCAAGGAUCUAAAUUUAAUAUAAUUCUUACCAAUUGGGCACGAGUCAGUAGAAAACUUGUCAGCAGAUGCUUG